CAGUUACGUACUGACUUGAUUCACAGUCGUGCGUCGUGCAGAGUGCCACACACGAGUUGCGGACGAUUAUCAGCAGCGCAAUUCCGCAGAGCCUGUUCGUACACGCAUGUACACGCACACGCGUCAAUCACCAAUCCCGUCGAACGUAUCGCACCGUAUCGUCUCACCUUACCCUGCCUGUGACAACCGCCGUGGUCGCUUAAGGGCUCGCGGCGAAUCGACGACACACGUGCGCGCGUUGAUUCCCUCGAAGGAUCGUCUCGUCGUUGUUCCUGCUGGCGAGUCAGCGCGGUCUUCAACACGUCGACCUGCAUCAUUUCACAUCGCAACACGAUGUAUUAUCUGCAGCUGGCCGUGCUCUGCGUGACGGUAGUGAGCGUUAUCGGCGAUUUACCACCGGGCACCCGGCGCAACACGUAUCUGCCGCCCGAGCCGACCAAGGGCUACACGUAUCCGAAGCCGCCGGUGACGUUCCCUACGCGUCCGUCGCAGACGUUCCCGACGCAUCCGACGCAGACGUUCCCGACGCGUCCGACGCCCACCUACACGGUCCCCACCAGACCGAGCGGAACCUUCCCGACGCAGAACACGGGCUAUCCCACUAGACCCACCAGGCCUUUCCCAGAUUACCCUGGUCAACCGACCGGCGUCAACGGGAAUACUAUCGGCCCUGGCCAUGAUCAUCAUCAUCACGAGCCCGGCAUGCCUUUCGAUUUCAAUUACGCCGUGAAGGAGGACGCCUUUGGCAACGAUUACUCGCAUAACGCCAUCAGCGACGGUGACAUCGUCCGCGGCGAGUACAGGGUGCAGCUUCCGGACGGCAGGACGCAGGUCGUGCGCUACACCGCGGACUGGCAGCACGGCUUCAGCGCCCAAGUCUCCUACGACGGGACACCGCGCUUCGACGUCCCUCGGCCGGGCGGUAACUUCAAUCGAGGCUAUUAGCUUUAACGUCGAGAGCCUAGGGUUGUUCAAUUAUCGUUAUCGAGAAUCAAAACUGCAGCACGACGAAUCGUCACGCAUACCUGAAAUAGCGAUAUCCUACAUGAAAAAAGAAAAACAAAAAAAAAAGAAAGAAAGAAAUGAUAAAGAGAGAAGACGUCGCAGACGGCAAGAAUGUAUUCUGAGAAAAAAAUAACAGCCCAUGAGGAGGACAAACGCCCGCGCUAUAAAUUUUACAAUCACGCCCCAACAAUAUCGGUAUCAUGCAUCUUGCACAUCAGUAUGAUCCAAUCUAUGAAUCGCGACCUCUUCCCUUCCUUCUUUUUUUACAAACUAUCAAGUAUAUAAAACAAAAAAGGUGUACUUAUUCGAAUUAUAUUUAGUCUAUGCUACGUAAUUAUCGCCAUUUUUAUCUCGGGUCAUCUCGAAGACAGAUUAGCUCGCGAACCGUGAAAAAUUGAGCUGCAUUAAAUGAUAUAUUAAACUUUCGCGAUAAAAUCGUGAUAUUAAUUGCACUGCUUUGUGAUAAAAAUUACGUAGAACAGAAAGGAUCAAAAGGACAAUAGAUGCGAAAUAGACAUAUUUUCCUUUUGUCAGUACCAUCUUGCUUCGCUUUGAAUACAGAAAGUUUUUUUGUUUUAUCUUCAAUACGUCGAAUUAAGACUUCUUAAUGAUGAUAGUGUAGACAAGCAUCGUUUAUCAAUAUUAUGCAGAUGAAAGAAUUCAUGAUUGUGAGUGAACUAUGCAAUAAAGCAACUGUAAACAGUUAUGUUCAGUCACAUACAUUUGUAUAAAACUUAAAAAUAGUAUUAAUAUCAUCUUUUUCCUGAAACUACCGGAUGUAUACGAAUAGAAAUAUCUCUAUAAUCAACCCUAGUUUCAACUGAUAAAUAUAAUAUAAAUGAAUAUAUUAAGAAAAGAGAAAUACUCUAUUAAUGUCAUAUGUUCAACUCAAU